CGAAUUUAGUAGGUAACACAAAGUAGUCCUGUUUUUGCAGUCCCAAGUGUCAAACGAUGUCUCGUCCGACCACCAUCAAGGAAGCGCUUAGCCGCUGGUCCACAGAAAACGAAGGAAAAGAUCCAACCCAGGCCAAAGAUAUUCAGCUUCAGUUUCAGUGGCCUCCGGUUGAAAAGAUGGACGGAACACUAUCCACGCUGGUCGAGUGCGAGAAAUUGAGCCUUUCCUCGAACAUGAUUGACAAGGUAAUCGGCCUAAGUGGCAUGAAGAACCUCCGCGUCCUAUCACUGGCCCGAAACUACAUCAAAUCGCUCAACGGAAUCGAAUCCGUCGGAGAAACGCUCGAGGAGCUCUGGGUGAGCUACAAUCUCAUCGACAAGCUGAAGGGCGUCGAAAGUUUGAAGCGACUCAAGGUGCUCUACAUCGGGAACAACUCCAUCCGGGAGUGGGGCGAGUUUAACAAACUGCAAGCCGUCACCACGCUGGAGGACCUGCUGUUCGCCGGAAAUCCCCUCGUCGAGAGCAUCGACGAGGCUGCCUACGUGCGGGAGGUCCAGAAGAGGCUGCCGACGCUCAGGAAGCUGGACGGGGAGAACAUGCUGACGGAGGAAGAUUGAAGAGGGUUCUGGGUCCAAUAUUUGUAGAUACUCUUCCCGGAAAAGCUUGGCCACUUUAAAUCUGUUACACAAACAACGUGAAAUCCACACGAUUUCGGUUGGAUGAUGAUGAUGAUGAUGAUGCAGAUGAGUUGUAUCAAAUUUAUUUCACUCAACCGGACCGGAUUCGUCCCUUUUGUGGCUGUUUCUCACGAACACGAAUGCAAACCGCCAUAAAUCUGGAGCUCCAGAAUUUUCAUUUU